ACCUCCAUCUACUGUGAACAUGAUGCCAAGAAAGGUAAAUCUUGUGGCGUUUUCCACAGAUUCCCCAUUGAUUAUCAGUUGGUCUAUUGGCUGCUGGUCUUCAGUCUGCAUGGUCUUUGGCUUCUGGCAGCUGAUCUUUAAUCCAACCUUUGAUGCAUUCUCCUCCAGAGCUGAUAUAUCUUUAAGGAUUUGUCUCGACUCUGCUAGUAGUGAAAUGUCAUCGGCAAAAUCUAGGUCUUUGGGGCGUCUUCCUGUUGCAAAAUGGGUGGUUGCAAAAUACCGAGGGCGGAGCUGGAAGAUGAGAGACGUCCCUCUUUCUGUCUGUCACUCUGAUUCUGCCUUUUCCGCUCCUUCCUCUUUCUCUGCAUUUCCCCGGCAGGUCGGGGCGCUGCGUAUAAAAGAAGACAGCAACAGUCAGUUUGUCACAGAGCAGCGACUCGAGUAAAGCAGUAUCAUGUCUGGCAGAGGGAAAGGAGGCAAAGGAUUAGGCAAAGGCGGAGCAAAGCGGCACCGCAAAGUGCUUCGCGACAACAUCCAGGGCAUCACCAAGCCAGCUAUCCGCCGCCUGGCUCGGCGUGGUGGGGUCAAGCGCAUCUCGGGUCUGAUCUACGAGGAGACCCGCGGGGUGUUGAAGGUUUUCCUGGAGAAUGUGAUCAGGGACGCGGUCACCUACACCGAGCACGCCAAGCGCAAGACGGUCACUGCCAUGGAUGUGGUGUACGCUCUGAAACGACAGGGCCGCACUCUCUACGGGUUCGGCGGCUAAAUAACUACCCCCUUUAUUCCAACACAAAACAAA